UUCUUCUUCUUUUAUUUCGUUUUUUGCGCUCUUUUUCUUUUUUUUUCUCGUCCCCUAUUCCGCCGGACCGGAGAGACAUGCGGAUCGCAUAGUCGUUUCACCACGAUAGAGUAUUGUUUUUUUUUUUUUUUUUACAACCGCAUCGCCAGCAAUACUGUCCGCGCCACCCGACGACGACAAUUAAUACACAACGAUACCUGUAGUAGUUGUUGUAAUAAUAAUAAUUAUUAUUAUUAUUUGAUAUUAUCUCGCGACGCCUGCCGCUGCAGCCGUGUUGUUCGACACACGCAGACGUCCUCCGAACGGUUCGCUCCCGAGUCUCGCACCACAGUACAACAGCAUCAUCUGAUCGUCGCCGUCGUCAUCGUUAUUUGUUAGAUUAAUACUAUAACAACGGUCCUCUGUCGGUCGUCGUACGGCCAAUCGUUUCGCCGUAUAAACAACACACAACUGUAGUGUUAUCACCGCCGCCGUCGAUACCGUUUUUUUAGCAGUCGCCGUAAAUUGUCUUAGCACAUUAUUCGAUCACGCCCGGCUCCUUACAAGAUAUACGACCAACAUGUCCGACGAUAAAGUAAUUGGUCACCGGCUACAGAGUUUCAAGCAUAGAGGCAAAACCGAAAUUGAAAGGCGAAGAAUUAGAAGUGAGGCAACCGUUGGGCUAAGAAAAAACAAGCAAGAACAAGAGUUAAUGAAACGUAGAAAUGUUGGUGAAGUAAUGAAUGAUGAUAUAGACUUGGAAAAACCUUUAACUGAACAUGAUCUACGCGCUUUAGUUGAAGAAGCUGGUAGUACUAUUCCAGAUGUACAACUUAAAGCCAUACAGUCUGCAAGGAAAUUGCUUUCAUCUGAUCGCAAUCCACCAAUAGAUGAGCUUAUAAACAGUGAAAUACUUCCUAUUUUGGUUCGUUGUUUAGACGAGCAUAAUAACCCAACAUUACAAUUUGAAGCAGCGUGGGCACUAACCAAUAUUGCUAGUGGUACAUCUAUGCAAACUCAGGCAGUUGUCUCAGCAGGAGCUGUUCCAUUGUUUUUAAAUUUAUUAAAUUCAUCCAAUCAGACAGUUUGUGAACAAGCAGUUUGGGCAUUAGGAAAUAUUAUUGGUGAUGGUCCGCAAUUACGUGACUAUGUUAUAAGUUUGAGUGUUGUGCCAAGAUUACUUCUCUUUAUCAACCCGGCUAUACCAAUAACAUUUAUGCGAAAUGUCACAUGGGUUAUAGUUAACUUGUGCCGAAACAAAGAUCCACCACCAGCACAACAUGUUAUAGAUGAACUUCUUCCUGCUCUUAAUUAUUUGAUUAAUAAUAAAGAUAUUAAUAUUCUUGUUGAUACUGUUUGGGCAAUCAGCUAUUUGACAGAUGGAGGAAACGAUCAAAUUCAGAGAGUUAUUGAUAGUGGUAUAGUACCUAAUCUAAUACCUCUACUGUCACACAAAGAAGUGAAGGUACAAACAGCAGCUUUACGUGCAAUAGGAAAUAUUGUUACUGGAACUGAUGAACAAACACAAAUAGUUCUUGAUGCUGGUGCAUUAUGUCAUUUUCCAGCUUUACUUUCUCAUACAAAAGAAAAAAUAUGCAAGGAAGCUGUUUGGUUCCUCUCAAAUGUUACUGCUGGAAAUCAAGUUCAAGUACAAGCUGUCAUAGACGCUGGUCUAAUACCAAAAAUUAUAACGCAUCUAUCAAAGAGUGAAUUCCAAACACAAAAAGAAGCAGCUUGGGCAAUUACUAAUUUAACUAUCAGUGGAAAUAGUCAACAAGUAGAUUGUGUUAUAAGUGCAGGUGUUGUUGCUCCCCUUUGUGCUCUGUUGUCUUGUCAAGAUAGUCAAGUUAUUCAAGUUGUUUUAGACGGCUUGCAAAAUAUGCUUAAAAUUGCUGGUCCUGAUGUUGACGCCUUAGCUAAUUUGAUUGAAGAAUGUGAAGGCCUUGAUAAAAUUGAACAACUUCAAAAUCAUGAAAGUGUUGAAAUUUACAAAGUUGCAUUUGAUAUCAUUGAGAGAUAUUUCUCAGAGGAAUCGGCUUCACCUACCCAACCUCCGUCAUGCUUCGAAUUCAAUCCGGCUACUACAAACACUCAGUUUAAAUUUUAGUUUUUUUUUUUUUAACAAUUAUUAUUUUUUUUAUACGUAAUAUUGAGUUAGCGCGACUACUUGGAACGAUAAAAUAUUAUACCUGUGAUUUUUAUAAUCAUUCGCGUUGCUUUAAAUUCAAUUUUGAAUCAAUUCAUACUAAUUCAAUUUAAAAUUAUUUUUCCAAAUCCACUUUCAAAUUGAUAGUGAAUCAAUUUGGUAAUUAAAUCUUGGCCAAAACUGAAAGAAGAAGAAGGGAGAAAUUGAGCUUUUAUUGGAAAUAAAAUGUUAAACAUAUUAGCAAAUAUAUAAAAAUAUUUUUUUCAAUA